AUGUCGGAUAAGAAAUACAAGGACGCAUUUGCCCUAUUCGAUAAAAAGGGAACGGGAAAGGUGUCAGCAUCUCAAUUAGGAGACCUACUCAGAGCUAUUGGACAAAACCCAUCUCUUCAAGAGAUCAGUGAACUUCAAACCAGUGUUGGGGGCGAAGAUGCUGCACUCGACUAUGGCAAAUAUAUCGAGUUGAUAAAUAGGGAAGGUGGCUUCAAGAAGGUCGGCCAACCUGAAGAUUACAUCAAAGCCUUUCAAAUAUUCGAUAAGAAUUUGACUGGUUUCAUCGGUGUUGGUGAAUUGAAAUACAUUUUGACGUCUAUUGGAGAAAAGUUGACUGAAGAUGAAGUCGAUGAGUUGUUAAAGGGAAUCAACAUUUCUGACGAUAACACCAUUGAUUACGUCGAGUUCGUUAAGAGUAUUCUUGCGCAGUAA